GGGGCGGGGCUGUCCCUUAAAGGGCCCCAGCGGCUGCCCUGAGGCCACUUCCUGGGGGCGUAGAGGACUUCAGCGGCUGCCGCGGUACCCCGGAAAGGCGGCGACGCACAGGUUCCAAGACCCCCGGCCUGUUCCAUCAGAGUCCUCAGACACUCGCAGCCUGGACUGAGCGUGCAUCCUCGCUCCUCAGCCGCUACAGGGGCAAUUCCGCCAUCAGCUCCAGGCAGCCCCGCCUCCAUCUCCUGGGACCCGCUCCGGAGCCAGGCCAAGGCCAGACUUCUGACUGGCCCCCGGAACCCUGCGUGAACUCGCCCACUACGACAGCGAUUUGCCCGAGAACUCGGAAGCUGGACCCUUUAAAGAGUUGGCUUUGUGCUUGCCACCGUAACCUGCCGGUUGGAUUCUGGAAACCCACUGUCUGAAGAUCGCAGAAAGGAGUCGCUGAUCACUCAGAAUCGGAUGCGUCUUGACCUAAAUUACCCUUCCCUCUUGGGCUUCCCUGUGUUCUUUUCAUACGUUCUCUCAGCCUUUCGGGCGUUUCUGUGCCAGGAAACCAUCCCCUACCGCCCAGAGAGCUAGGUGAGCCCGGAAUCUUGCUACCUUGUACUCCAACUGGUGCCUUCAACCUAGAGUCUGAAACUUACAACUCAAUUCUGCACAAACCCAGGAAGUUCUGCCUUUUUUUCUUUUUUGGUGUCUUCAGUACGCCCCAAAAUUUCCCCUCCUCCUGUGCCCUCUUCGCCCCCCUCCUUUGGGGGCCCCGUGACCCUGAAUGUGGGGGGCACACUAUAUUCCACCACUUUGGAGACCCUGACUCGCUUCCCAGACUCCAUGCUGGGGGCCAUGUUUAAGGCUGGCACCCCUAUGCCCCCCAACCUCAACUCCCAGGGAGGUGGCCAAUACUUCAUCGACCGAGAUGGUAAGGCCUUUCGGCACAUUCUCAAUUUCCUUCGGCUGGGCCGCCUGGACCUGCCCCUUGGGUAUGGGGAGACAGCACUUCUCAGGGCAGAGGCCGACUUCUACCAGAUCCGGCCCCUCCUAGAUGCUCUGCGGGAACUGGAGGCCUCUCAGGGGACCCAUGCACCCACAGCUGCUCUGCUCCACGCAGAUGUAGAUGCCAGUCCCCGCCUGGUGCACUUCUCUUCUCGCCAGGGCCCACACCACUAUGAGCUGAGCUCUGUCCAGGUGGACACUUUUCAAGCCAACCUCUUCUGCACCGACCCAGAAUGUCUGGGUGCCAUGAGGGCUCGAUUUGGUGUGGUCAAUGAGGAGAGAGCAGAGGGAGGCCCACAUUUUCGUCUGGAGUGGGCACCCCACCCCACAGGACUCCCCGAAGUGGAGUACAGGAGACUGGGGCUGCAGCCAUUGUGGACUGGGGGGCCAGGAGAGCGACGGGAAGUGGUAAGCACACCAGGCUUCCUGGAGGAGGUGCUGCGGGUGGCUCUGGAGCAUGGCUUCCGUCUAGACUCCGUUUUCCCUGACCCUGAAGAUCUGCUCAACUCCAGAUCUCUGCGCUUCGUCCGGCACUGAGAACUGAGAACUGAGAACGCUGCCCUCAGUUUGAGGAAUAGGAAGAAAGAAAGCGUCAGCAAAGGGGCUGAAGGCUCCCCUGAAGCCUCUUACUAGCUCUGCUAUGGGAACUGUGAGAGUCAAGGGUCCCACUGCUGCACCUAUUGGAGCCUAGAUGUGGGCAGGCCUCCCCAAACCCAAGCCCGCUGUGGGCCGCAAGUGGUACAGGGAGUCUGGACUGGUGCUAAUCCUGGGAGGUGUGGGAAAGCUUCUCCUGGCUUGUUCUUGUCUGAGGCUAGGGAUCUCCAGUGUUUCCUUGGUGGGAGCUCAGUAUUUAGGGGUCUGAAAAAAUGGGGACCCUUCUCUGUCCAGGUUAGGCCUAGCAGAACCCUGUAGGGGUACUGAGGUCUGGGAGGAAGAGGGACUUUGGAUUGCUCUAAUGUGCUCUCCUGGUUUGUGACUUCUCCUAGACUUGAGUGGCCUGGCCUGGCCUGACCAAUGUUAGGCCACAACAUUCUGGAACAUGGGAAGGGAGAUUCUUUGCUGUACUCCAAGCCAUUUACUGAAGGAGACAGAAAGGUUACACCUCAUCCUAGGCUGGCAUAAGGGAACUAGGAGAAUACCCAAAACUGUGGGGUGAAGCAUCCCUCUGGAGAGCCAAGUAUUUUAAAGAAUUCCAUAUUGAUGGCGGGGCUGGCCAUGGGGAGAAGGGUAGCAUCUUCUUGAGUCCUAGCCUUACUUUCUUCAUGUGUGUGUGUAUGUGUGUGUAUGUAUAUGUGUGCAUUCAGUAUGUGUCUGGCUGAUGUGUGGGUCCCUGACAUCCUGGCUCCUAUCUGUGUUGCUGGUGAUGGUAACUGUGUGCUGGUCUUUCUGUGGUCCCUCAUGUCCAGGCCUGUUUGGGGUUGCCUAGCAACUGUUUGGGCACCAGGUGUGUAUGUGGUUUGGGUGUGAGUAGACUAAGAAUUAGUAGUUUAAUCAUAAGGGAUGUGUGUGUGUUCACGCAUGUGCAUUCACAUCACCACGUAUGCAGGAGGGACCUGUUGGGGUUUGACUCACUAGGAUCUUCCUGGUGAGAGGUAAAAGAAGUCACUGGGCUUAGCCUGGCCUUAGAGGCCUUUAUAGAACUCUUGGUUGCUAAGGCAACCAUAGGCUUGUUGCUAGGAGAUAGCUGGAGAAGACCCAAGGCUGCCCAGGUCAGAGAGGAGAUUAACUUGGAGAGUUUGGGAGAGUCGGGGAGAGUCGGGGAAGAUAUGGGAAAGGAUAGGAUUUCUGGGCCCCUGAGGGGAUGGGAUAUUCAUGAACAACUUUUUCACUGGGGGAGUCACUUAUUAUCACUUACAAGAAGAAAAAUAAAGUUGCUUUUGGAACCACAAA